UAAACUCAGCACGUGGCUCCUCCUUGCGUCAGCCAGGAAUCCCACGCGUUAAGGGGUAGCGAGUUGAAUCGGCUCAGCACAGGACCGUUUACGCCACAGAGCUGUCACAAGAGAUGACGCAGAAGGAUGGGAACGGCAGCGGAGAAGGUCCGCACAUCCCCUUUUGGCCGAAGUGAGCCAUGAGGUUCUCUCACUUGUGUCCCCCGAAUACGCCCGUGAUCGGCAGGAGCAGAGCAGCAGCUUGGGAACUCUGUACCGAACAUUGGUAACUGAGGCUUGGCUGCUUCUUCUCGGGGCUGGGAGACUGACGCUAGGGGCUUGGGUCCCACGUAGGUCUUGAUUUCAGCCUGUCAUUUUGCCUGUAAAUUACUGGGUUUGAAGUGGUGGCUGGUUUCCGUGGCGGAGGCAGAGCAACGGCAGGAUGUGUGAAGGGCCGUCCAGGAUUUCUGGACCCAUUCCUCCAGACCCUACGCUCUUUCCAAACUAUUACAAACGCCCCUUCUCAGCUCGAGGGAGGCUGGAAGGGAAUGCUCAGAAGCUGGAUUUUACCUCUGGCCCCUUGGACCCUGUUCCCAACCCAUACCCCGCGUUGGGCAGUGCCCGCCAGGUCCGGCCAGCCCCUCGCAUUCGCCCCAGUGGAAAGGACUUUCUGGAGAAGGGACAGAAGGGGACACUCAGUCUCUUACUGCAGCUCGAAGGGAUCUCCCUUGACGGAGGGCUGCCAGUCAAGAUUAAGAGGAAAGAGUCCAAGGACCACGAGAAGGAAAAUGUGAGGCGAAUAAAGGAGAUUCAGAAGAAGUGCAAAGAGAAGGAGCGAGCCCAAGAGCACAGCCAGCCCAAGCCUGUGAAAGCGCUGUGGAAAUCUCAGAAAUAUGAAAACGUGGAGUCAAAGGUGAAGGCCAAACUGCAGGAGAGCUCCCCACCUCCAAAUCCAGAGGCUCUGAAAUUCCUGAGGGCAUAUUCUCGCUGUGGCCCUGGGAUCAAGCCGUGCAGACCGCUCUCCCCAAGGCCUGCCAGAAUGAAAGCAGGGGCAGACACAGAGGCUCCAGAGGCACUGGGUGCUGAAACCAAGAUCCAGGUGGAGGGCAAGAGCAUUGACUUCAUCAAGCACAACGCCCGCAACGCCAAGCGGGCCCCGCUGCGGCGCUCCCAGUCCCUGCAGGCGCUGGCCGAGCUGCUGGAACAGAAGCACCGGGAGCAGGAGGAGUACAACGCCAAGCAAAAGGGCCACGUCCCCCAGUACCUGCUGGAGAGGAAGGAGCUGUGGCGCAGACAGAUGGAGGAGCGACUGCGAAACCUGCCGGAUCCUGACACGCCACCUGGUCAUACCAUGAUGCCGGAGGGCCAGCGGCUGGAGACCCUCAGCAAUCUGAAGCAGAGCCAGGAGCAGCUGAUAAAGGACCUGGUGAUGCUGCCAGUGCGCGCAGACACCCUCAGCAUGCAGAAGAGGCGGGUAGAGCUGGAGAGGAAGCUCUCCCAGAUAGAAGAGGCCAUCAAAAUUUUCUCGAGGCCCAAGGUCUUCAUCAAGCUGGACUCCUGA